AUGGUUUCCAUCUCCUUCAAUAUUGGCUUAAUAUGCUACAUUUACUUCGGCACCUGUGGAGUACCAGUCACCAAUCAACAGUCAUCACGAGCUAUAGCAAAGGAACCAAGGAAAACAUCGUCCAGUAUUUCAAACCAGAAAUUUAUCAAUGGUCUUCAGCCUUUUACACUACUACAAAGUAAUGUUAAGGAGGCAACAAACAUUAACACUACAUAUCCCGAGAGUGGAAAUCAUCAAACAACUCCAGUUAAAGUUAAUAUUCAGAAAGAGUCACGUGCGUCGAAUCGUGUUUACAACUGGAAUGGUCAUUCAUGGAAAGAAAAUAAAACUGUUUGUGAAAAUCUUCCGCAAUUUCGACAGGAAACGUUACGGACACGCUCCGGGGACACUCCUAUCUUUAUCCAUGAGCCAGGAGUAGAUAAAUAUAUUUCACAAACUGUGUUGGUGUCAGGGACCUGGGAACGGGAGGUCGCUGUGGCGGUAGUAUCCUUCCUUCAGGCCGACAAAGAUCUUCAAUUUCUUGAUAUUGGUGCCAAUAUAGGAGUCAUAUCAUUAGAAGUAGCUAAACUCGGUCGCCGAGUAGUGUCGGUGGAACCAUUAAUAGAUAAUGUUCAGCGAUUAUGUUCAUCAUUUCGUGCGGGUCAUUUCCCUAGUGAUACCACAAUAGUGUUCAAUGCUGUGUCAGACAUUCAUGAACGGGUCGCACUGGGGCGCGAUCAGGAUAAUGUUGGUGGUACGUUUGUUUUAAAUAAUAAUCCAAACAAACGAAAUGGAUCAGAUGUGAAUCUAAUCGGACAAUACCGUGAACUAGUUAACACUGCCCUGCUGGAUGACCUGCUAUCAUUGCUGUCCUCCGAUCCUCUUACCAAGGUCGUCAUCAAACUGGAUGUGGAAGGAUAUGAAGACCACGUACUUAAUGGUGCUGAUGAAUUCUUCCACAAAGUUGACGUACAAGCCGUUAUAAUGGAGUGGACAUACAGUAAACAACCCGGCACUGCCGAGACAAUCCAGUUGUUCAUGAGCAGACACAACAUGUACCCAUAUGACUUUAAUCAAAGGGCAUUAGAACUCACACCUCGUGCUAAAUGGCCACCUAAUAUAGUGUGGUUAAAAGAAAAACGAAAACCCCCAGUCAACAAGGACGAGACAUCGAGUGCAAUGGUGAUGGAAACAAAAGAAUCCCAAACGAGAACUUCACAUGAAAAAAUGCAUAUGGGUAUUCGCCCCGUUACAGUGUCAAACCCAUAUGAAAAGGCAGCGCUAAAUAUAUACAGUACAACAGCUGACAGUGGAAAUCAUCUAAAAACUACAGUCAACGAAAGUAAUUCGAUACAAUUACGUGAUCUGAACAGAGCUGUUUAUAGCUGGAAUGGCCAUACCUGGAAAGAAAAUAAAACUGUUUGUGAAAAUCUCCCGCGAUUCCGACAAGGAACGCUACGAACAUUCUCCGGGGACACUCCUAUCUUCAUCCAUGAACCAGGAGUAGAUAAAUAUAUUUCACAAACUGUGUUGUUAUCAGGGACCUUUGAACAGGAGGUCGCUUUAGCAGUGGUAUUUUAUCUUCAGGCCGACAAAGAUCUUCAAUUUCUUGAUAUUGGUGCCAAUAUAGGAGUCAUAUCAUUAGAAGUAGCUAAACUCGGUCGCCGAGUAGUGUCGGUGGAACCAUUAAUAGAUAAUGUUCAACGAUUAUGUUCAUCAUUUCGUGCGGGUCAGUUCCCAAGUGAUACCACAAUAGUGUUCAAUGCUGUGUCAGACAUUCAUGAACGGGUCGCACUGGGGCGCGAUCAGGAUAAUGUUGGUGGUACGUUUGUUUUAAAUAAUAAUCCAAACAAACGAAAUGGAUCAGACGUAACUCUAAUUGGACAAUACCGUGAACUAGUUAACACUGCCCUGCUGGAUGACCUGCUAUCAUUGCUGUCCUCCAAUCCUCUUACCAAGGUCGUCAUCAAACUGGAUGUGGAAGGAUAUGAAGACCACGUACUUAAUGGUGCUGAUGAAUUCUUCCACAAAGUUGACGUACAAGCCGUUAUAAUGGAGUGGACAUACAGUAAACAGCCCGGCACUGCCACGACAAUCCAGUUGUUCAUGAGCAGACACAACAUGUACCCAUAUGACUUUAAUCAAAGGACAUUAGACUUCACACCUAGUGUUAAAUGGCCAGCUAAUAUAGUGUGGUUAAAACAGCACUAUAAUGAACGUAGAUAA